CGACUUUGGCACCUUCUGUAUCAGAGAAGUACUGAAGUGAGACUGCUGCGCGGACACGAGAAAGUGACUUUGGUGCGCGCAACCGCACAUUUCUACUUCUGAUAAACUGGUCUGCAUCCUGCAAAAGUAACCCAGCCAGUGUCCUCCCGUCUUUGAUCUGCGGGACUAGGAUGGCUCUGGACCAUCGGAGCGUAUUUCGCGCCUCGGUUUUACUGACUUGUGUGAUAAUCUGCAGUAAUGUGUUAUGUCCAGUCGGUGCCUAUCUCUACAACAACCGCUACGCAGGUGAUCAGGUUUUUAGGAUAACUCCAAGUAACGACGAGGAGGUUCGAGCUGUCAAGAAAAUUCUGGGACACAUAAAGGUGGACCUAUGGCAGCCCAACAGCAUUUCUCUAAUUGGUCAUAAUGCCACGGUGGAUGUACACGUGAAACGCAAUGACACCCAAGGCCUUCAUGCACGGUUGAAGCAGAAGCGCAUUGAUUAUCGGGUGUUUAUCUCCAAUCUGCAGAAGGAAAUUGAAAAGCAGACAGGAUAUCGCUCCUCUCGCAAGCGGAGGUCAGAGUCUCAGUAUGACUACGAAGUUUACCACUCACUGGAAGAGAUCCAGAGCUGGAUGUUUGAAAUAAACAGAACGCACCCUGACCUGGUUACCAUGUUCUCCAUUGGGAAGUCGUAUGAGGGGAGACCACUUUAUGUGCUUCAGCUAGGAAAGAGAAGUCGUCCCCAGAAGAAAUCUGUAUGGAUCGACUGUGGCGUCCAUGCCAGAGAAUGGAUAGGACCAGCCUUCUGUCAGUGGUUCGUCAAAGAGACCCUUGGCUCAUACCAGUAUGACUCUGUGAUGAGGAGACUCCUCAACCAGCUCAACUUCUACAUCAUGCCUGUUUUCAAUGUGGAUGGAUAUCAUUUUAGCUGGACAACAGAUCGGUUCUGGAGAAAAACACGGUCCAAAAAUCACAAAUUCCACUGCCGAGGAGUGGACGCUAACAGAAACUGGAAAGUGAAAUGGUGUGAUGAAGGUGCUUCCUCUCACCCCUGUGAUGACACCUACUGUGGCCCCUACCCCGAGUCUGAACCUGAAGUUAAAGCAGUCGCCAACUUCCUGCGCAAGCACAAGAAGCGGGUCAAAGCGUACAUAUCCAUCCACGCCUACGCCCAAAUGCUACUCUACCCAUAUUCCUAUAAAUACGCCACUAUCCCCAACUUUGACUGUGUGGAAUCAGCAGCUCAUAAUGCAGUGACAGCCCUGUACUCUGCUUAUGGCGUGAGAUAUAGAUACGGACCUGCUUCCACCACCUUAUACGUCAGCUCAGGCAGUUCCAUAGACUGGGCCUAUCGGAACGGUAUCCCUUAUGCGUUUGCAUUCGAGUUGAGAGAUACAGGAUAUUUCGGCUUCCUCCUGCCUGAAUCCCUGAUCAACCCGACCUGCACUGAGACCUUAAGGGCAGUGAAGGCCAUCGCUUCAGGUCUACUGAAGAAAUGUGAGACGAACAGGGACAGAUUUCCAUAUAUAUGACUGCAGUGAGAGCCACGGAGUUCCACUCUCACAUCUACUUAUCUCCACACCUCAUAUUCUUAUGAUAUUUCACGCUCCUCCCAGGUAUUAUCCAGUGAAGAGCUGAAGGACCAGCAAAGCAUAUUUCUGUUUAGCUUGUUGACCGUAUUUACAUCUUCUGAUAUGACAUUAACUGAUGGUGGUGGGUUUUUUUUAAUGCCAAAUACCACGGAUCCUGUUAUGCACCAGGAUUUUACUUAAGAUCUUAUGUACAGUGUCAGAGCAUUACAAUGGGUCAGUGGGCCAUGACAAGCUCCAUGCAAAUUCAGUGUACUGGGUUUAAAUCUAGCCCACGACCUUCGAAGGAUGUAAUCCUUUCCACUAAUAAAAAAAGAAGAAGAAAAAAGUGGUUAUGUAAGCACUUGUCAUGUUACAGCAGCACUUUUAGAGAAGCAGGUCCCUCGGUUUCUCAAAAAUGUGUUAACGUGAGUAAAGUUAACAACUGUUUUUAAUCAACCAUAUCUUUAUUUUUGUAUUUUAUUUGCUCUCUAUUUGGAAUCAUUCUAUACUAAGUGCCAGGUUAGACUUCACUUUUAAUGUAUGAAUGCCUUUAUUACUGCAAAACUGUUGUGUAUGAAAUAUGCUAACGCCAUUCUAAUGUUUGGUUGAAUUUGCGAUGCCUUUAUCUGACAUUUAAUUGACUUUAAUCUGAAUUUUCUUCAAGUGUGACCCAUCAGUUCCAUAGAGUGCUGUGUCUUUACUCAGGUAUGAGUCAACGACAAUGUCAGAAAUGUUUACUUGUGACAGAUUUUAUGUGUGUAAUAUGAGAUUUUUUUAUAUAUAUGUACUGUAUAUAUAUGUAUACUAUCUGACUUUAAUUAAAGAUGUUAAAACACCACAAUCCAUUGUCAUUGUGUCAUAUUAUCCUCUCUGUUCUGGAUUGUUAAAAUAAAUAUGGUGCUUUUGAAAUUCACAAAUGUUAAAAUAAUGUCAUUUAUUGUCAUCUUUAUGAUAUUAAUCUGCUAUUACUCUUGUGUCUCUAAUAGGAAGUCUAACAUUUUUUCAUUUCUUUUUACCAUAAACUUGUAUUAUGUAUUAUUUGUAGCCUUCUUGCAAAAUAAAAC